CUCGCUGUCUGGCACGAUGCCGUCGGACCAAAGCACAUGGCUCGUCUCCGUGCCCGAAUCUGGUGACUCCGAAGGGCUCUACCACGAACUGUCGACGAAACUGUGCUCGAGCAGCAAGUCCGUCCUGCCGUCCAAUCUCGCGCAGCUAUCCAUCCCGUCUUUCAAGACAGGAACGCUGGACUCGCUUGUCACCCUGUCUGAGGAGCUGCCGAAGCACGAUGCCUUCUUUACAGCCACUGUCGCGAAGACCGUCGAUACACUCCGCAAUCUGCUCAACAACGACCCGUCCAAACUCGCGCAGCAUAUACUUGUAAACGAGCAGCCGGUUGACUCGUAUGUUCUGAGAGGGUGGUCAUGGAACGAGGGUCGCUACGGCGUGCAGCGAUCCCUGCGCGAGAUGAUCGACGUGCUGAACAAGGAAAUGACGUCUAUCGACAACGUGAUGAAGUCGAAGCUGAACAACUACAACCUCGCGAAGGGCUCUCUGGUGCAGAUGCAGCGGAAGAAGACCGGUAACUUGUCCGUCCGGUCCCUCGUGGAUAUCGUGACCCAGGAUCACUUUAUCAAUGACUCGGAAUAUCUCCAAACUGUACUUGUAGCUGUUCCCAAGAACAAUGUCAAGGACUGGAAUCUGAAAUACGAGCGCCUCACCUCCAUGGUCGUACCUCGUUCAUCGGUCCUAAUCUCGUCAGAUGAUGACUACAGCUUAUUCGCUGCCGUUGUCUUCAAACGCGUACACGAUGACUUUGUGCAAAAGUGUCGAGACAACAAGUUCAUUGUCCGCGAGUUCACCUUCUCGGAGGAAGCCAUCAACAAACAAAGAGAAGAGCUCGACACCGCAGAUACGACAGAGAAGGAGUUGUGGACUGAGCUGCUGCAACUCGCACGAACGAACUUCUCAGAAGCGUUCCAGAUAUUGGUCCACCUCAAGGUCGUCCAGCUCUACAUCGAGAGCGUACUGCGAUACGGCCUCCCCGCGCAUUACAUCGGCUUCUUCAUCAAGCCCGAGCCCAAAGCAACGAAACGGACCCUGGCCACCCUGCAGGCGCAGUUCGCGUACCUCGGCCGCCGCGCGAACCCGGACAAGCUGAAGAACCAGUCCGGCGGUACAGGGGAGGACGCCGGCGGCGAGUACCAGAACCUGCUCGAACAGGAGUUCUUCGACUUCGUCCUGUACGAGAUACCCUGGAUAGUGCUCUAGGCGCGAAUGAGGUUUCCCUGCGACCCUUUUCCGUCGCCUGCAGCGCGAUGACGGGGCUAGCGCGUCGACUCGGAGCCCGUGCGCGGUGGCUGAGCUACGCGCUCCCGGAGGCGCACGGACAGAAGACUGUACCACGUACGAUACGCAGACGCGCGCAGCCCCUACACUCCCCUUAUAGUUAGGCCAGUGGGCCGAAGUCCAAUGAUAUCCCUGCAUACCC